AUGGGAGUUCCGGCUCUUUUUAGAUGGCUUUCAAAAAAAUAUCCAAAAAUCAUUGAAAAGGUCGUCGAAGAACUGCCGGCUGAGAUCAAUGGCGUUGAGAUUCCCAUAGACAUUUCGAAACCGAAUCCUAAUAAUUUAGAAUUUGACAACCUUUACCUGGACAUGAAUGGUAUAAUACAUCCUUGCUGUCAUCCUGAAGGCAAGCCGGCACCAGAAACUGAAGACGACAUGAUGAUUGAAAUCUUUAAAUAUACAGAAAGAAUUAUUAGCAUAGUACGGCCAAGAAAAAUUUUAUAUCUUGCCAUAGAUGGUGUGGCUCCUCGAGCCAAAAUGAAUCAACAGCGAUCACGACGUUUUCGUACAGCACAAGAAGAUAGAAUAAAAAACGAAGAAAGAGCUAAGGAAAUUGAAAGUCUUAAAGCAUCAGGUACACAAAUCGAUGAGGAAUUGAUUCAAAAGAAAUCAUUCGACAGUAAUUGUAUAACGCCAGGCACUCCUUUUAUGGCAAAUCUUGCCAAAUGCUUACGAUAUUGGAUCGCUGAAAAGCUUAAUUAUGAUCCUGGUUGGAAAAAUUUAAAAGUCAUCCUAUCUGAUGCUAGUGUUCCAGGUGAAGGUGAACAUAAAAUCAUGGAUUUCAUUCGCGGACAGCGUUCCAGUCCUUACCAUGACCCUAACACACGGCAUGUUAUAUAUGGCUUGGAUGCUGAUUUGAUUAUGCUUUCGUUGAGUACUCAUGAACCUCACUUCAAAGUUUUGCGUGAAGAUGUCUUUUUUAAUGACGGCAGUUUUAAGGGUUGUUAUAUAUGUGGUCGCAUGGACCACAUUGCCAACCAAUGUAGAGCUGAUUUAGUAACUCGCCCAAAAUCAAAAGAUAAUGGGAAAAAUGUGGAUUACAAUAAGCCAUACGUACUUUUAAAUAUAGAGACUCUUCGCGAAUAUCUUGCAAUUGAACUCAGAGUACCAUCUAUGACUUGGCCAUUUGACCUGGAAAAUGCGAUUGAUGAUUGGGUAUUUCUUUGUUUUUUCGUUGGAAACGAUUUUCUUCCGCACUUACCUUCCUUAGAAAUAAGGGAGGGCGCUAUAGAUACCUUGAUAUCUAUAUGGAAACGUUGUCUACAAUUAAUGAAUGGAUAUAUAACGAAUUGUGGAAAUGCAA